UACGCUGACCGAAACCACUCCAUAUUCCAUUCUUUGUGCAGUUUUUAUUUAUUUUAUUAAAUAAUCUCUGUACUGUAGAAUAAUCAAGUCUACUCAUUAUUGCGCUUUACAGAUCGUAAGGAACUGGGAAACUACGCACAAGAAAAUGAAACAAACCAGAACAGCAGAUGGCGCUAAGUGUCCUCUUGACGCGAACGCCUUGCUCGUCGCAGAAAUAAUACGUCACAUCAACAGAGGGAAAUUUAAAACGACAAAACAAAAAAAGUUCAUCGAUCUGCAAGUGUCCAAGCAGCAUCGUGUUUAACACAGCACUUAGCAUUUUAAUCACCUCAUACAAAGCGUCGUAUCUGGCAAAAUUCGUCUAAAAUCUAAGCAGAUAGCUACGAUUAUGACUGCUCGGUUGUUUCCUUCCCCACCUGUUUUCCGACAAACCCCACCCUCCGUGCGAUGUGAUUGGCCAGUUUGUAUGGUCUUCUGAGUCACGAUUGGCUAGCAGUGAUGUCGCUCAGAAUAACGCGACUGAGAAGAAACAACUGAAUCGGCGUAAUACAGGUGGGGGUUUAGGGGGGAAACAAGGCUAGCUGCUAUCCUAGCCUCAUUGGAACAUAAAAUACAUUAUUCGAAGAAUCGAAUCGACUCGCGCUGGAAGGACACGAAUAAUAAGGCGUAGGAAACAUGAACAAAAACAGGCAUAAUUUAGCAUCGUUGUUGCACGCGGCGGUAAACGAGACGGAUGUCAGGACGGUGGAGAGUUUGCUUCAGAGAGGUGCAGAACCCAACCUGGUACUUGAUGAAGGCGUGGCUGCAGUGCAUCUGGCGGCAGGGAAGGAAUCGGAAAAAGGACUCAGAUGCCUCAAAGUUCUCCUGCAGCACGGCGCUGAUCCGAACCUCAGGUCUGGUGAGGCUCUGACUCCAUUACACAUCGCAGCGUUAUGGGGCUGCUAUCAGAACCUCAAACUCCUGCUGAAGAACGGAGGAGACCCGAGUCUGAGGGACCAGGGUGGGAAUAAGGCAGUGGAUCUGGCAGAACAGGAGGAAAACAGUAAAUGUGCCAGCAUUCUUCAGGAAUACGAGUCUCACACACCACAACCGGAAUAUGAGGAUUUACCCAAGUUCAACUACUCCCUCUACUCAGGUCACCCGAUGAGAGACUGCAGCAUGAACCUGUCACUGAUGAGUGAUUUUGGAGAUGAGCCACUCAGCAGCACCCGAUAUUCCUCCUUUUACAGGAAAUCUGAGAGCAACAGACAGUGGAGGGACAGGGACCCUCACGAGUCCAGGCUCUCUGAUGUCUCUGGUCUUAACCCAUGUGAUAGCGACAUGUUUAACAGAGCAGAAGUGGUUGGUUCUCUUCCUCCGGUUCUCUCCAGUACCCGCCUGUCAGGGAUGGACUUUAAAAAGAGUCCGGACGUGGCCCAGCCAGAUCGGUUUUUCACCCCGAGUCGGAAAAGUGUCACGUUCAGAGAGUACGAUGAGUAUUUUCCGGAUGUGAAACACAACGAUGAGGACACCAGUGACUCCGGGGACUCGACGGUGGAUUUCUCUCUGUAUCCCGACUUCUUGCACUCGGACCGCAUGACUCCGGUGCUGCAGAACCAGGGGAUCGACGUGACGUCUCCAGAUGACGUAUUCGUAUUCUGCAGAGAAGGAAACACCACAGAGGAUUUUGAUAAGACUGUAGUAGGAGGGACAGCUAUAGGGGAGGAGGAGGAGGAUAACAAAGACGAUGUGUUUGUCGAUAAAGUAGAUGAGCAGAAGUACGUCACUCACACUGCUGUCAGCAGUAACAGUGGGUCGAGUCAAUACAGCAGCUGCGACAGCGAACAGUACAAAACCACCGUGGAAGCGCUGUUGCCUUCUGAAAACGUCUCGCCAUCAGAAAAAGACAGAUGGGCAAACGGAAGUACAGGCUCAGACAGUGGGAUGAAGGAAGAACUUCAUUUACAGCCACAGGCAUGUAACAAUAAGAUUACGGAGCUUUCCUUGACUCAGAGUCCGUACGUUACAGGCAGGACACGGUCGAGAGUCAGUCGCUACUCUCAGAGACACAGCGCCUCGUCUUUUUCCACCUCAUCUCUUUUCGAGCAGACGCUGCCCACACCCACGCGAGUGCGCCGAGAUGUUACUCCAUCAGACAGACCUCACCAGAGACAUCCCUAUGAGGAAGACAGAGCAGAACAUCUCGAUUCCCGAAUGGCGAAUCUGAGCGUUUCUUCCCAACUGCCUGCAAGCCAAGCAGAUACCCUGAUCAUCUCCGGAAGCAUGGCAGAUACUAUCAUCAUUCCAAGAGGUGCCACGGAUGACAGUUUAGAACGUGAAACAUCAUCAUCAUCAUCAUGCCAGCAAGAGGAGGAUGUGUUCACAGAAGACAAGGAGUUUUUAACUUCAGACCUUUCGAGUUCAAGCACAGAAAUACACAAAAACACCAAAUCUCAAGAUUCCUCCUCCAGCUCAGAGUCGAGUUCCAGAUUCAGUCAAGCGUUUGAGAUUCCGUCCACCGGCUGCACGCCGAGAUACAGCAUGAGCCGAAUCUGCAACCGUUCCCAAAUUCAGUCGCUUGCGAACCUGUCCUACACCCCCGGAGGACGUCCUCUUAUCACUGACAUGGACGAACCGGUGGAGUAUCUUUACACCGAUACUGAGGAGGGACAUGAGCUGAUCGAGACACACGUCCCACCAACGUCCAACACGUCUCUCAGCUCGUCUGUCAGCGAGGAGACUGUCAUCUACGACUGGCGCUCGUUACAGACCGCAUACAGAAGUCCGGAAAAGGGAAAAGAAAACCGCUGCCCUAAUGAGGUGGUGGAGAGAAUGCACAUCUCCGAGACGGAAGGGCUUACAGACCGAGAGCUGAGACGCAAACUUGUAGAAUUGGGAGAGGAACCUGGACCCAUCAACAGAGACACGCGACCUUUGUACAUUCAGAAAUUACAAACACUGCAGAUGAAACAUGUUCCUCUGAAGUUAGUGCAGAGGAUUAGUGCAGAGGUUGAACCAGCUGCAACCACCGGUUACAGUCCGGAGCUGAAUAAAGUGUUGUGUUCCUUCCACCUGCCCGACUGUAAAGCUGAUGAGUUUGCGCUGUGUGAACAGUUCGAUCAGCCGGAUCAGAAUAAACGCUGGCGUGAAGGCGUCAUAAAGUCCAGCUUCAACUACCUGUUACUCGACCCCAGAGUGACGAAGAAUCUGCCGUACCGCAGUCAGGCGAUGACUCCUCACGAGUGCUUCCAGACUUUCAUCAGCUCCAUUUUCUACGUGGGAAAAGGCAAGCGCUCUCGACCCUACAGCCAUCUGUACGAAGCUCUGGAGUAUUUCAAAGGAGACAAAUCAUCCAAGAAGCUCUGCUCGAAGGUGCAGCACAUCCUGCAGGUGUGGAACUGCGGCCACGGCGUCAUCUCGCUGCACUGCUUCCAGAACGUCAUUCCUGUGGAGGCGUACACACGAGAGGCCUGCAUGGUGGACACCAUCGGUCUGAAGAUGCUGACCAAUCAGAAGCGAGGGGAUUAUUAUGGGAUGGUGUCCACCUGGUCUGCUAAGCGUCAGCGUGAGCUCGGGGUUCACCUGCUGUACAGAGCCAUGCAGAUCUUCCUGGCUGAGGGAGAGAGACAGCUCCGACCAGCUGAUAUCAGGAGAUGAAGUCACACUCUGUCUGUCUGACACUGAGCAUUAGAGAGCACUUUGAGUUCAUUCAUGCAGUCAGGAUCAAAAUGCUGAGUUCACUUUGCUAAGUCCACUAUCCUGAGUGCACUACAGAGAUUUUAUUCCAUCAGUCAUCAAACACUGUACCUGCUUCUGUACUAGCACCCUGCUCCCUAUUCCCUAGGGUACAUUAUGUAUGCUUUUAACCUGAGCAGUGCAUCAUGGGAUAUCCUCAGUUUAAUUUGUGAAGUUUGAUGUUAGAAGAAAAAGUCCAUAAAGUGCAUUCUGAUUGGCUGAAACAAGUAUAAACACUAACACAUGGGGCUGUGUCUCAAACACUGCACUUUACACACUUACAGUUCAAUAAGAGUUCUGCUGUAGAAGUAAUAAUGUCUUACAGUAAACAUUACAGUAAACUAAUCACUUACAAUUCUCUUAAAGUUAAUAAUAAUAAAGAUAAACAAAAGUGUAAACUCAAAUCAAUGGAUUUUGUUACUAUAGAAAUGCUUACAUAUGAGAACAAGUGCAUUAAACCGGUCAGAGCUUCAGUUCUAGAAAAUUUAUUAACACCUUCUGACCAAUCACGGUCCAGAAUUCAACAGUGACGUGAUGUAACAGUGUUUAAUGACUGAGGGAAUAAAAUGAGUUAUUGUACAGCUCACUCUGUAUCAUUACAUUUCAUUUAUCAGAUCAACAAAACACACACCAAUCUGGUUUAAAGCUCACGAUUCCCUAAACAACAACUACUGAGAGUUCUUAAAGUGAACAAUCACAUGGGAAAAGGCCACUGAAGUGAAAAUACAGGUUAAAAAAAGCAUUAAUAUUGUUUAAAAAGUCAUAUUUGGAGUAAAUGUCUUAAAACUGUGGCAGUGUUUAAUUAUUAAUGAAAUAUUAAUGUUUAUGGAGUAUAAAUGAUUAAUGAUGAAGAUUUGUGAGAUGAUCUGACAACUGGAAAAAAAUGCAACCUGUUAGAUAAAGACACGUACAAACUUGUAUAAAAAAACUUGAUCUAAAAAAGGUCAAUAAUUAGACUCAUCAUUGGGAAAAAGACUUAAAUAAUGACAUUAAACACACACACACACACAGCUGUAGAGCUCUUGUUAGUCCUGUAGUGAUUUUAAUACUAGGAUAGUGUUAGAAGUUGAUUGAAGUAAAUUUAUACCACUGGGAUUUAUAUAUAUAUUUUAUUUUGGGUCAAAAAUGUGAAGAUAAACCCAGACAAUGUAAUGUAAAUAAAGUCAAACUAAAAUUAUCAUCAUGGUGACUGAAAGACUCUUAUGUCUUUUUUUUUUUGGUUCCAAUUUGUUUGAAACUUAUGAUUAUAUUAAAACAAAGCUUUAUAGACAAAUUUAACAUUAAAAUUCAAUAUGAAAAAGUGUUGAAUUUACAGGUUCUGAAUUCUCCUGGAACAGAUAUCACUUGAGUGGGCUUUAUAAAUGUUUUAUAAUGUUGUGUGAUAUAGUGUUCAUUCUUUUGUACACCUAUAAAACUCAGUAAUUCAUUUGUUGUCUGUCUGUCUGUGUGUGUGUGUGUGUGUGUGUAGUAGGAUGUACAAAUGUAAUAUUUCAGUAGUUGAUUAUUCAUGUGAAUGAAUGGAACAAUAUUCAGUAUUUUUUAAUCAGUAAUGUAAAAUAAAACUGUGAGGAAUCUUAACAUGUAAAGAGACUGUAACAUCACUGCUCUCAGAUCUGUUGGAUGCUCUGCUACACUGAUGUGUUAUUGUGAAAUCAUCUCUGUUUCUUACAGACUGCAUUAUACACUACUUUUACUGUUCUGCAUUAAACUACCAGCCUUUUGGGG